CGAUCGCCACUCAAGGGCGACAAUACAGUUCAGAAUUUGUCAUGGAGUACAUGAUAAGCUAUGGGUCCAAUGGAUUGGACUUCGCAUAUUAUCGCGGAUUCGACGGGAGUCCGAAGACAUUCAAGGGAAAUACGGACUCGAAUUCAUUGUACGUCAACAUCUUCGACCCUCCCAUUGUUGCCCAAUGGAUAAGAAUCAACCCGACUCGGUGGCAAGAUCGCAUAUCGAUGCGUCUGGAGCUCUAUGGUUGUACCUACAAUCCGGAUCCGAAAGCUGUUGGGUUGGACGGUGUGACCUAUUUCGAGCGUCGUGUGGGAGAAGAUCGGGAACGUUAUGAUCGACCUAUAGAAUUCCUGUCGUACGACCACCCUUUACUGAGGGAUGAAAUCCGAUUUCGUUUCAAAACCAAUGAGGCGGACGGUGUGAUUCUCUACGGCUGGGGAAAACAAAACGACAUUUUGGCUGUGCAAUUGGUUGACAACCGGCUGUUUUUGAAUGUCGGACUAGGUGGAAGAGAGUUGACCUCAUUAUCCGUCGGAAGCCUGUUGGACGACGGCAUUUGGCAUGACGUCUUCAUAUCCAGAGAUAAACGGUCCGUGACUUUGAGCGUCGAUCGUGUCGUGGUUUCGAAAAGCAUCCAGGGCAAUUUUCAGCGCCUGAACAUCGACUUUGCGUGGUACGUUGCCGGUGUUCCGAGCAAGAAGCGUGGAUUGGACACAAUCCGGCAUUUCAAGGGUUGCUUGGAAAGCUUGUACAUCAACAGACAUAAUUUUUUCACUGAAAAUCCUUGGCGACCUGAUCAAGCCUGGUUGAUCGUCCGGGAAUCCGCGCAAGCGUCUGUCAAUUCGAACAGCAUCGGAUACGAUAACGAGCCUGCGUUUGUGAGACAUGACAAAUUCAUGAGUGACAUUCGACGACAACUGUGCAACGAGCAACAAAUCGUUCCUGUGACCUUUUUGACGAGUGAAUCCCAUGUCAAGCUGAAGGGCUACGAAGCCUUGGAAAGCCUCAGUAUUUCUUUCGAGUUCAGAACGUUUGAAAUGGAAGGAACACUCGUGUAUCACAAGUUUUACAGUGACGGAUAUGUAAAGAAUAAGAUGGUCAGUGAUCUGGAUUUCCGGCCUGUGGAAACGGUUCGCGAAAUGGACAUCAAAACUGGAGCCUAUUAUUAUUUUGCCGGUGGUAUGAAAGGUUCCAAGGGCUUCAUUGGUUGCAUGAAGAGCAUCGUGGUCGAUGGGAAUAAUCAGUUUCCGUUGAAUUGGGGAACGGAAGAAAAACCGUGUUGUCAAGGAGAGUUGUUGUUGGAUGCGUGCAGAAUGUUCGAUCGUUGCUCCCCAAACCCCUGUGAACACGGAGGUCGAUGUAUACAAAAUUCUGAGAGAUUCACGUGCGAAUGCGAAAACACUGGCUACACCGGAGCCGUUUGUCACGUUCCUCGGUAUUCGCAUUCGUGUGCUGCUCAUUUCCAGGCGAAUCCCGGCGAAAUGAAGAAGUCGAUAGAGAUUGACGUGGAUGGCAGUGGACCUUUGACCCCGUUUCCGGUUACCUGUACCUUGAAUGAAGACGAGGUUUACACAACGGUGGAAAGGAAAACCCGUGGAGCAAUUCGUUUUAGCGAAGAAUCUGGACCCGAACGAAUUCAUUAUCCGGUGGAAUAUGAUGCAGGGUUGGACGAGAUGGAUUUGCUGAUAGAUAGAUCAGUUGCGUGCGAACAACACGUCGCAUAUACGUGCAAAAAUGGAGCACCAUUGUUCGGGCAAGAUUCUGAACGAGUCAGCAACAAUUUGGGUUCCAUGAGAGCCACAAACAGAGAGUAUUUCCCCAUCCAGUGGUUUUCACGCAUCAACAAACCCAUGGAUUAUUGGGGUGGAGCGAUUCCGAAUUCGAAGAGUUGCUUUUGUGGCAUGUACGACUCCUGCCAAGGUGGUGGAAUGUGCAAUUGCGAUCCGAAGCGGAGUGUUCAGCAACGUCCUUCCCAACCGGCUUAUCCCGGUGGACCCCUGAUCGACCCACUGCGCAAGGACGAAUUCAAGAACAUGGACGAGGGGUACCUGAGACUGAAGGAGGACCUCCCGUUGUCGGCUGUGUCCGGGUUUCUCAGAGGAGCCACGAAUCCAGGGGCAACUGGUACAGGUCCCAAGGAGGGUAUCGUCAGCAUUGGCGACUUGGUUUGUCGAGGGGACACUCUGGCUCAUGACGUUGUCACGUUCCGAGUUCCCGAUGCAACCCUGGAUUUCCCUGCUGUCGAAUGGGGACAAAGUGGAGAUAUCUACUUCGAAUUCAGGACCACGACUCAUGAUGCUGUGUUGAUUCAUUCCCGCGGCGUCAAUGGAGACUUCAUUAAAGUCUCGAUCAUUGGCGGAGAUCAUUUGCAAUUCGAGUACCAAGCUGGAGCUGGUGGUGCCUUAGCGGUAAAUAUCGAGACGCAGCAUAAAAUUGCUGAUGACCGCUGGCAUUCCUUGCGAGUGGAAAGAAAUCGUCUCGAAGCUCGAAUGGUGCUUGACGAAGCAAUUUCUCAGGCGCAAUCGAAUAACAAUGGUCCUGAAGAGUGUGCGACUGUUGAUUGGAGGGAUGGGUUCGUUGGGUGCAUGAGGUCCCUGAUGGUGAAUGGUCGUCAGCUGAAGAUGAACGAAAUGCUGGACAAGUACGAGAUUUAUGGAGUAACCUCGGGUUGCAUUGGGAAAUGCGACUCGAAUCCGUGUCUGAACAACGGCACUUGUCUUGAAGGCUACGACAAGUACAUUUGUGACUGUCAGUGGACUGCUUUCAAAGGACCCAUUUGUGCUGAUGAAAUUGGAGUGAACAUGAUGAACGAUUACAUGAUCAAGUACUCAUUCCAAGAGAAUUACAAGUCAACGUUGAACGAGUACAUCCGAGUUGGGUUCACCACGACUAACCCACAAGGAUUCUUGUUGGGCCUGUCAUCUGACUCCUCGAAGGAAUACCUGACGUUGAUGGUAUCCAACAGUGGGCAUUUGAGAGUCGUUUUUGACUUUGGUUUCGAAAGACAAGAAUUCAUUUUCCCGGAUCACAUGUUCAACGCUGGACAAUUCCACGAUGUCACAUUCAUGAGAAGGAAUUCCGGUACUGAGAUGGUCAUCAAAGUGGACAAUUAUCAGCCGAUGGUGAGAAAGCUUCAGAUCAGUGGAUCUGCUGAUGCGCAGUUCAACAACAUCAACAACUUUUACAUCGGGAAGAAUGAAUCCAUGACUGCAGGUUUCAUUGGCUGCAUUGCGAGAGUGCAGUUUGAUGAUAUUUUCCCAUUGAAACUGAUGUUCCAGCAGGAUGCACCCGAAAACAUCCGCACUAGCCAUGCUGAUAUUCACGAAGACUUUUGCGGGAUCGAGCCAGUGACGCAUCCCCCCGAGGAAGUGGAGACCCGACCGCCUCCGGUCGUGGAUCGUGCCAAAGUGCGCGAAUUCACCCAAAACACAGACUCUGCCGUUUUGGGAGCCAUCUUGGGAGCGAUUUUCCUCGCAUUGGUCGUCAUGGCCAUCGUCAUCCUGCGACUCCGAACCCGGGACAUGGGCGAAUACAUGACGCAGGAAGACGAAGGAGCGCGAGAGGCAUUCGACGCCGACGAGGCCGUCGUCAAAUCGGCAACUGGGCCACGUGUCCAGAAACGCAAAGAGUGGUUCAUUUGAAAGAGUUUUUUUUUUUAAAGCUUCGCAGAGGUUUUUAUUCAGUUUCGUGCGCCUCAUGAGAUUCAUCUCGAAUUUUCGGUUUGUACUUUUUAAUAUAUAUGUAUGAAGUUGUAAGCCGCAUGAGGCGCAUGAACCCUGAGGGUAUCCUGGUCAUUUUUACGCAAUGCAUGUUUUAUUCUUGGACAAAACGAACCAUAUUUGAUAUCCCUGGAUCUUCCGUUCGUUCUUUCGUUUCAUUGUGGCUUCCAAAAGAAAAAGUCUGGACAGUUUAUGUUUUUAAAAGAAAAAACUGCGAUUAUGACGAGGGAAUUCAUGUCUGACCCAGUCGAAGGUUGUUUUUUUUCGUUGGACAGUCCCAAGUUCAUAGAGGAAUGGAUCUCACACAGUUUUUCCCUCCUGGAUUAUUAUCCAUGCUUUCUGUGUCACGUUGAAAGCAAUCUCUUUAUUUUUGUUCCGUCCAUGAUGUUUUGUUGAGAAUUGCGGAGAAUUUUUAUUAGACGAAGUGCUGCUUGCGAUUAUUGUGUGAGCUUUAUCGGUUUUAUCAGCCCGUAAACAAGGUGUCUUAAACGAAGUUAAUCAGCGUAACCAUCCAAGUAUUGGGAGAAAUUUUCCGGCCAAAUGUUUUUCAGAGAUUUGCUUAGUAUAUGUCAGCAUCAUGUGGACACUAACCAAAUGUGUCCUAAAGUACCUGUGCUCGUUUUUCUUUCCCCCAGUCCGCGUGAAAUUUAUGCGAUUCUCGGGCGUGCAAAAAGCCCGUUUCUUAUUGUCUUUGCGUGAAGAAAUUGCGCUCCGUCCAAUUGGUUGUUCUUCGUUGUCGGUUGUCAGGAUAUUUAAGUUUUCACCCAACGAAUCGGUAAAAAAAAAAAAAAAAACCUCGGCCUAUCCAGCAAAUAUUUGUUCAUCGCGUAGCAUUUUGUAAUUUUUUGAGUGUGAUUGCUGUCGGAUGCGUUAAUAAUGUAGCUCCGACUGGAAGUUGUUUUACAUCGUUUUCCCCUCGUGAGAUGAAAAUAUACAAAACUUUAUCAUGUUAA